UGAUAUGCGUAUUUAAUGAGUUGUGUUUUAUAGGUAUCGACGAAUUGUUGCACAAAAAGAGUUUAGUUUCCAUUUUUUAAUUACAAAUUAUGUUGGUUUUGAUUGCUAGAAAGAAUUCUUAUACUCAUGCAUACUUACAUAUGAAACUCACUCAUGAUGGGUAAAAAUUCGCCAUGAUUCAGGAUCAAGCGUAUGAUUUACUAACAAUGAAGAAAAAUUAUACUAUAUGGAGACAAGAAGAAGACAAACUUUUGAAAGAUUAUGUUAAUCAACAUGGUGAUGUAACUUGGACUGAUGUUCCAAAACACACGGGCCUUUCUCAUACUGCUAAAAGUUGUCGUUUUCGUUGGCUGAAUUAUCUAAGGCCAGGCUUGAAAAGAGGCCCCUUUACGGAGGAGGAAGAGCAACGUGUUAUUGAACUCCAAGCUGUUUUGGGGAACAAAUGGGCACAAAUGUCUAAAGAAUUGCCUGGUCGAACAGAUAAUGAGAUAAAGAACUUUUGGAACGUAAUUAGACGUAAGAAAUUGAAACGACUUGGUUUACCAGUUUACCCUGAUAAAGUUCGAAAGCAGGCGAUAAGUACAGCAUUACGAAAUGGUCUAAAGAUUGAUUUAUUGGAUGCUCAAGACUUGUUGAUGGUAGAUAACGUCGAGAAACCUGACGCGGCACUCAAUAACUUGCCACUCAAUCAAUUUUCUUCAUACUACCAGUCAAUGCUUGCCAAUGUUCAGCCUAGGGAACCAGAAACCACAUUUCCUUUCACAAAUGGGUAUGUCAUGAACGAGCAAAACCCUAACCUCUUGAAUUAUCUUUCCGUGGAUAGCACUCAAGAACAAUUACCUGACAUCCAUUUGUUUGGCAAUGCUACAUGUUCUUCUCCUCCUAUGCCUCUCAUUCACGGGGUUGGGAACUUGGAGCUCCCUUCAUUCCAAGGAUUUAAUGCUCAUGAAGUGCCUAGCAGUUUUGGAGCAGAACAAUAUAACCCAAUGAUGAAUCUUGAGCCAGACAACACUUUGGUUCAGCCCCCUUUGAUAGGCCAAACACCAACAGAUUUCCCAUCAUCAUUCUAUGAUGAAUUGUUGGAAUCAGUUGUUUAUGGUUCAGUAGGAGAAAGACCGAAAACCGAUACCAGCUCGGAGCUCCCACCUUUUCCGUCCUCCCUACUUAGCCAUACCGAGGUUACACCACCCAUUGCAAACACAAUUGAUUUGGGUUUUGUUGGUUCAACUUCUUCAGUUGAGAGAAACACAACAAAUGAUGACGAUUGGAUAAGAGAACUUCUCGAUGAUGAUACUUAUAACACCAAGUAGAAGAGGUAUCUUUGGAAGGUAUAACGCAUAAAGGAUAU